AUGUCUGAUUCUGGGAAAGGUGGAGAGGACCCUUCGAAACAGCGGUCCAGUUUGCGAGGUAAGAGCACCGAGAAUGAGGACUUCUCCACGGGGGGCGAGUCCUCGGAGCGGGACGGCCAGGAUGUCUACGACGAGAAGGACUUCGUGUCGGGCCCCGUGUUGUCGGAGGGCUGCACGGUGCCGGCCAACGUCCUGGAGUUCCAAUUCUCCUUCGGCUACGACUGCCAGCUGCACUCCAACCUGUGCGUCCUCGACCCCGACACGCUGGCCUUCAUCUCCGGGGACUUGCUACACUUCUUCCGCAUCUCGGACCGCAAGCUGUGGUUCCGGCGCAGCGCCGGCGGCGCGGGCCUGGGCCACAUAGCGAGAAACCCCAAGCAGCCUCACUUCGCCGUCGGGGAGAAGGGCAAGCGGCCCAGGAUCAUCGUGUACGAGUGGCCGUCGCUGCGGAUCGUCGCCGUGCUCAAGCGGGGUGCGGACCGCGCCUACACCUACCUCAACUACAGCGUCGACGGCGACCUGCUGUGCUCCAUGGCGGGCUCGCCGGACAACCUGUUCACGGUGUGGAACUGGCGCGACUCGCGCAUCAUGCUGCGCGCCAAGUCGUCCGGGCAGGACGUCUUCAGCGCCGCCUUCUCCAGCUACAUGCCGGGCAGCAUCACGUCGGCCGGCAGCGCGCACGUCCGCUUCUGGAGGAUGGCGGAGACGUUCACGGGGCUCAAGCUGGAGGGCGCGCAGGGCCGCUUCGGCAACACCGAAGUGAGCGACGUCAUCGGCGUGCUCAGCCUCCCGGACGGCAAGGUGGUGUCGGGCUGCGAGUGGGGCAACAUCCUGCUGUGGGAGGCGGGGCUCAUCAAGGCCGAGGUCACCAAGAAGGGCAGGAAGCCGUGCCACAGCGCCCCCGUCGCGCAGUUCGAGUACUCCAACGGCGAGCUGCUCUCCCUGGGAAUGGACGGCUUCGUCAAGGUGUGGUACUUCGAGACGAUCGACCUGGCCGACCCUCCUGACGAGGACCGCUUCAUCGAGGUGGAGCCCAUCUUCGAGCUGGAGGUGGCGGACGAGCUGGGCCCCGCGUCCCUGCUCUGCUUGCAGAGGAAACACUUGGACGACCAGAGCGCCAGCACGUGGUUUGCCCAGGACGGCGGCGGCGGCCUGUGGCAGCUGGACCUGUCGCUGUCGGCCGACGCCCCCGCGCCGCGCCGCUUGCUGACGACGCACUCGUGCGGGGUGGCGGCCGUGUGCGCGGCGCCUCUGUCCGCCUUCGUGGCGACGCUGGGCGUCGAGGGCCGGCUGCACCUCUACAGCCCCGGCCUGCGGGGGCUGGUCGUGGCCAGAGCCUUCCCCGCCGCGGGCCACGCCAUGCUGUGGCUGCCUCCCAAGCGCCACUACGCGGACCACCACGGCACCGGCCACGGCACGGCGGACUUGGUGACGCUGCUGCAGGCGUCCAAGGCGCACUCGCAGGCCGCCACGGCGCUGGCGCUGUCCGACGACGGCGAGGUGUUGGCGUCCGGGGGCGCCGACCGCACCGUCUUCCUGUUCCGCGUCGAGCCGAACGGCGCCUUUGCCCGCCUAGUGCCGCUGGGCUUCGUGCAGACCGUGGACGUGGUCACGUUCCUCACUUUCAAGCCGGAGCAGCCCUUCACCGUCCUGGCGGGCUGCGCCCACGGCCAGCUGGUGGAACUGGAGCUGCCCCAGUCCACCGCCCACGACGUGACCUACCGCUACCCGGAGGACGCCGUGGCCGUCCGCACGCUGGUGUACAAGAGCGUCAAGUCGCGCCUCCGAGGGGAGGCGCACGCCCGGAGGGUGGAGCGCCGCAGGGAGAAGAAGAUGGCCGCCAAGAGGCGGCAGCUGGAGCGCGUCAAGGCGGACAACGCCGGGCUGGACAUCGACGAGGAGGCCUUCCUGGCGGACUCUGGACCGGAGGAGGACGCGGAGGAGUUGGUGAUGCCUAGUGAGCUCGGCGCCGUGCGCUGGGCCCGCUACGUCGACGAGGACACCGUGAUGCUGGCCGUGGCGGGGUUCGACGCCGGCUACCUCUACAAGUACCGCUUCGACACCACCGAGGCCUCGGACGGCCCGAAGGAGGUGGAGCCCUUGGAGUGCGUGGCCGUGCCUGGGAACGACGACCUGGAGCUGGUAAACAUGUGCAGCCUGGACAACAAGUACGUGUUCCUGGGCAUGGGCGACGGCACCGUGCGGUGCGCACGCGUCAAGGACGACUCGAGCGACUUGUCGGAUUACUGGAGCCUGGGGAUGCACAACGGACCCGUGACGGGACUGGCGCUGGCCGCCGACCUCCGCACGUUGUACUCGUCGGGGCCCGACGGCAACCUCUUCAUGUACGCCGUGCACCCGGAUGGCGGCGUCCCCUCCACCAACGCGGUCUCGCUGGCCGCCCCAGUUGCCAUCACGCCGCCUGCCCCCGCAGAGGAGCUGUACGGCGCCGACGUGCCGACCCUGGAGGAGCAGUGCGCCAAGGCGGAGAGCGACCGCAAGGCGAGGGUGGCGGCGGAGCGAAUGCAGCGCGCCGAGCAGGCGCUGUGGGGGCUCGCCGCGGCCUACAACAACAUCGUCAAGCGCAACCGGCAGCUGCCAGUGUCGCAGCAGAUCCCGCAGUCCGAGCUGGAGCUGGACCCGCGCAUCACGCCCAGCGUGCGGAUGGCCCUGGAGGCCGAGGCGGACCUGCUGCGCGCCAAGCUGGCCUUCCCGCUGGAGAAGGCCAGCCUCCAGUACCGCAAGCUGGCCGACUUCUACACGGACGCCGUGGACGGCCACGGCAUCAAGGUGUACGCCGUGCGGAAGGAGGACAUGUUCGUUGAGACGAUCCGCCAGAGGAAGCUGAGGGCGGAGUUCGAGGUGGCGAGCGCCAUGGUGCAAAUCCGUCAGGCGGACGCGCUCAGGAGAGGCAGGACGGUGGAGCUGGACGUGGCGCCGCCGGACGAGGACGAGGACAUCACGCUGGCGCCGGCGCCCGUCGAGUCCUUCCUGCGCGGCAUCUCGGCCUUCGAGCACAAGUUCAACGCGCGCCUACGCCGCCUGCUGGACAAGUACCACUCGCGCAAGUUCAGGCGCGAGCGCAGGGAGCUGGAGUGGAAGCACUUCCACCGGAAGAAACCGGACAAGAAACGGACGGACCCGCUGGACGAGGAGCUGAUACGCGAGGCGGAGCAGACCAUCGGCGACUACAAGCUCAAGUCCGACGAGGACUACAAGGUGCCCGCCGACCAGGUGGUGACAACCGUCGGCAAAUACGAGCAGCUGCUGCGCGUCAGGAAGCGGCUGGACGACCUGGUCGGCUCCUUCAACGCCGAGGUGCUGGCGCUGCGGCAGCGCAAGGCGGGCCUGCGGGAGAGGAUGCUGUCGCAGAGCGCGCUGCUGCGCCGCAUCCACCACGAGCUGCCCGCCCACCUGCACGUCAAGGCCCCCGAGCCGCCCACCGUGGAUGCCGCCAUCGAGUACCCCGAACGCCAGUUCCAGGUCACCGAGGAGGAGAUCGAGGUGGAGAUGGACCGCGCCGCGCCCUCGCGUCGCCAGGGCCGCGGAUUCAAGUCCACCAUCGAGAUCGCGCCGCCCAUCCGCGACGACGCGGAGCUCGAGGUGCUCAAGGGGGCCCAGGGCGACAUCGUGCUCACGGUCGGCGAGCAGGAGUCCAUGAGCAAGCUGGUGGAGGCGCUGGUGGGCGGCGACAAGGAGCACCGGGACAAGGACCGGCAGGGCAGCGGCGCCGACCUGGGCCGCGUCGACUCGGACGUGGACAUGCAGGCCCUGCGCGCGCUGGGCGCCGACGACACCGUCAACACGGCCUGGGAGGACGAGCUGCGCGCGCAGCGCCUCAUCGCCAAGGCGCUGGCGUCGCGGCGCCUGGAGGUCCAGCGCGACGCCACGCUGCUGCGCCACCACCUGCUCGUCCUGCACCAGGAGCUGGUCGUCAUCAAGGCCUGCGAGGAGCGGGAGGACUUCCUCGCCGCCCACGUGGCCGACAAGGAGGUGGCCUGCCGCGAGGUGCAGAACGAGAUUAACGCCAUCCAGAACAAGCUGGACGGGAAGGCGAGGGAGAUCAUGAGGUGCGAGGAGAAGGAGAAGGAGGUCCAACUCAACUUCAUCGAGGCGGUGGGCGACAACGCGUACGUCGACUACCUCAAGAGGAUCUUCAAGAAGAAGUACAAGCCGCCCAAGGGCCCGGACGCCGCCUCCAGCGACGAUUCCUCCUCGUCGUCAUCCUCCAGCGACGAGGACGACGACGACGCGAGCCUCGACUCCAACGAGCUGGGCCCGACGCGCUUCGACGACACGGAGUGCCCGCCGGACUGCUCCAAGGAGCUGUUCGACCUCACCCUCGAGCUGCGCGCCCAGAGGCACGAGACGGAGAAGGAGGUCGUGGAUCUGCGGAAGGACGUGGAGCACCUGCGCAAGGAGCAGGACGCGGCCACCAAGCGUCUGCGCAAGGGGGAGGACGACCUGCGGGCCGAGGAGGCCCAGCUGCAGGAGUUCCGGCGCGAGAAGCAGCAGCGCCUCAACAAGGUGGAGACCGUGGUGGUCCUGCGCCUGAGCCAGCUGCAGCACGUCAAGGCCCCCGCCGUGCCCGACCAGGGGGCCGACCAGGGGGCGGCGCCCGGCACGGAGGCCACGCCCGCGCCCCACCAGCCCCCCAAGUUCGAGCUCAUCAAGAACACGCUCGUGUUCAACACGGCCGUGCUCGCGGACCUGGACCGGCGGAAGCUGCAGCUGGACGAGGAGGCCAAGACGCAGCGCGCCAAGCACAAGAAGAACCAGAUGCACCUGCACCGCAUGAAGGUGGACGUGCGCUUCAUGCGCGACCGCCUCAAGGCGCUCCGCGAGCAGAUCGAGGAGGCCCAGUACCGCAAGUUCGGCUGCGUCGUGGACAUGACGGAGCUGGAGCAAGCGCUGCUCAAGCGCUUCAUCUGGGACCUGCGCAGCUCGGCGGACGAGAUCAGGGCCGAGUUCUACGACCUCAUCAGCAGCAUGCAGGUGGGUGCCUGUUUCGCCGAGUACAAGAGCGCCAUCGAGCAGAACACGCAGCGGCAGAACCUGCUGCUGGUGCUGAUCGAGGAGAGGAACCGCCUGAUGGCGACCGUGGCGAGGAUCGACGGCAGGGCCGCCCCCGAGAAGGACUUGUCCGACUUCGACGAGGACGUGACGCGCCUCCAGUCGCUGGUGGUGACGCUGCAGGCGCGGCGCGACGCCCUCCUCGCCGAGGCGGUGCGCUUGCGGCAGAAGGGCCCGCUGCCGCCGCUGCUUCGGCCAGGCUCCUCCAGGGCCGCGGGGGCGCCGCCCGCACCGGGGCCGUCGGCGUACCACGGGGGCUGCGGCGCGGAGCAGCGCCGCAGCGCGUCGCUGGACUCGAUGGCCUCCUACGGGAUGGGCUUCCUGCGCGCCGACAUGCGCGACAUCCCCGCCAUCCCGUCCGAGGAGGAGCUCAUGGCGGCGGGCCCCAGCGCGCCGGACGAGGACGCCGACGACGACGAGCCCGCCAGCGAGCACACCGUGGAGGAGCUGUUCCGGCGCGUGUCCUCCGAGCCCGCGAGGGACGCGGUCGACGGCUUCCUGGAGCGGCUCGGCUCGCACGACGGCGGCGAGGACAUGAUGCGGGUCGACCAGUCGUCCGCGUCCGAGCCCGUCUCGGACACCGAGCCCAUGUCCGACGCCGAACCCCUAUCGGACGCCGGGCCCACUUCGGACGCCGAGCCGCCGAUCAUAGUGGAAUGUCGCGGGCGCUCUUAA